AUGGUCCGCAUCACGGUGCCCGACUGGCUCGUGCAUCGCGCGGAUGAACGGGCGAAGCGAUCGACGAUUUACAGUGUGGAUGUGCACCCGGACGGGACGCGAUUGGCGACCGGGGGUCUGGAUACCAAGAUCCGCGUAUGGUCGACCGCGCCCGUGCUGGACGACACGUCGUCGGAGCGGCGCUUGCUAAGUACGUUGGCACGGCAUACAGGCGCCGUGUUAUCGGUGCGGUGGUCGCAUUCCGGCAAGUACUUGGCGUCAGGCUCAGACGAUACCGUGGCCCUGGUAUGGGAGCUGGAUACGACAGGGACGAGCAGUGGCCUGGCGUUUGGCACGUCCGAGACGAAUGUCGAACAAUGGCGACCGCACCGCCGCCUGCCCGGCCAUGACUCGGACGUGACAGAUGUGGCGUGGAGCGACUCGGACACGUACCUUGCGACGGUGGGCCUCGAUUCGCUGGUCAUCGUAUGGUCGGGCGACACGUUUGAGCGUGUUCGCACGAUUCGCGGCCACCAUGGCUUUGUCAAGGGCGUGGCCUUUGAUCCCGUCGACCAGUUUCUUGCGACGAGCAGCGACGAUCGCACGCUCAAGGUCUGGCGGACAAGCGAUUGGGGCCUCGAGGCCUCAAUCUCGGACCCGUUCCAUGGCGCGCCCAGCACGACGUUCUUCCACCGUCCGUCGUGGUCGCCAGAUGGCGCGCAUCUUCUCGCUGCCAAUGCGAUGAAUGGCCCCGUGUUCGUCGCAAGUGUGAUACCCAGGUACGCAUGGACGUCGGACAUUGCGUUGGUCGGCCAUGAAAAUGCCGUGACGGUGGCGGCGUGCAGUCCUCGGCUGUUCCAAGGCGCCAAGGGGCCCGUCACAGUCGUGGCCCUUGGCUCGCAGGAUCAAAGUGUGAGCGUAUGGAUUACCGGCACCUCGCGACCGCUCAUGGUCGCACGCAGCCUCUUUGAGCGUCACGUUAUGGAUCUGGUAUGGUCGGCCGACGGCUACUCCUUGUAUGCGUGUUCGUCGGAUGGCACCGUAGCCGUGAUCACGUUUGACGAGACGGAGCUCGGCCAUGCGUUGCCGGAGGCUACGUUGCUCGAUGCCCGUGCGGCGUAUGGCUACGUCGCGCCGUCCAAGCCACGUAGGCCGCCCAUGCCGCUCCCCACGACCACGGCGCGUGCGCCAGCGGUGUUGAUGCCUGCGAGCCAAGACCGACUGCAGCAGCACAUCUCCCGCAACGCCGAUGGCAAGCGCCGCAUCCGGCCUACGUUGAUGCAAACGACCGCGGCCAUGUCGACGCCAUCCCCCUUCCUAGCAGCUGCUGCCGCUACCACCACCGCUACCUCGCCGACGCAGCCGCAGCCGCAGCCGCAGCCGCAGCCGCGCCGACCGCCUGUCUAUACCAUAUCGCACGGCACAGAGCUGUCCGCACCGCCGCCUCUCGCGCGCCUGCCGGCGUACGACCCUUACGCUCGUACACUGGGCGGCGAGCACCCCGUCCGGGCCCUUGCACGCGGCGUACCUAUGGAUGUCGAGAUCGACAACGACGUGUCGCGCUGGCCGAUGCCCGUGCAGUCGACGCUGCAGUGCACGCUGGAAGCGGCUCAUAUUGACGUCCACAACGCGACGACGUAUGCGGACGUGAUAUACGUCGCGGCAGACCGCAUCCAAUGGGCCGACUUUGUCGCGAGCCCCGUCGUAAGCAUCGCGGCCAGUCGCCAAGUCGUAGCGGUAUCGCUGGCCGACGGUACCAUGCAUUGGUACUCGUCCCGCGGCAGCCGACAGCAAAGCUUGUACGUCGAGCCCUGUGGACAUGUGGCCGUGCACGAGGCCAUCGUCGUGGCCUUGACGUUCCGUGGCGAGCUGCGCCGGUGGGAUACCACGACCGGCACCGAGCUUGGGCAUGCUGUGCGUGUGCCACGCGACGAAGUAGCGUCGCUGUCUGUGCACACCAAUGGCGUGCCGGUGGUCGUGUUGAAGCAGCGUGAAGAAGUAUGGGCGUACGAUGUGCAACAUGGCGCGUUGGUAUGCGUCGGCCAAGGCGCCAUCGCACGGUAUAGCGAGGCAUGGGAUCGACGCCGUGGACGCAGUGCACGUCACGAGGCUCCCGUACGAUACUACGAGGCGGAGCUGCACGACAUACUGACAACGGCAGAUAUCGAGCAUGGCCUACCUGCGCAGCGCAUCGUCGCUGCGACGCUGCGGCAUUGGGAAAUGCGAAUGCGGGCAGCGUGCGUGCUGGAAAGUGCCGACGAGUACCGCGAAGCACUACUAGCUCUCGCCCAGCGACUGGCCCAGGAAGGGAUCCGCAACCAAGCCGAAGACCUGCUGCAAUCGCUGCUGGGGCCCGUGUACUACGAGCCACGCACGCCCAGUUGGCAGCCGACGGUCCUGGGAUGGGACAAACGCACGCUCUUGGCCUCCGUGCUGGACGUGAUGCGCGAGGGGCCCUUGGCCAGCCUCGCGUCGUCGUACACGGGCCUCCUUCGCGCACUCACAACAUAG